CCAGUGUUGUAGGUUUGCGCCCCGUUACACGUCACACGCGCCUCCGUUACAGGGUGAAGAUACAGGCAAUGUCACACAGCCCUCCUCAUCAUCACGACCAAAAAUUCACCGUAUCUUACAUACAAUUAUUCCAGCAUUUGGAGAAAAUAAUAACCGAAUCGCACUGACUGCUGUGUAGAGUUCUGUGCUCCUGAAGCUGCUGUCCAAGGUCCUGAAUUUCUUCAGCCCAGCUUCACUCUGCUACAUGCUAACAGGCUGCUCUUGACACCCAGUUCCAGCACUCUUUACAUCAACGCACAACUUUAAACCAUGGAGGAGGGUUACAGAGACCGUACGGCAUUCAUUAAAGGUGCUAAGGACAUUGCAAAGGAGGUCAAAAGGCAAGCAGGUAAAAAAGUUGGCCGCCGCAUGGACAAGGUGGCUGAUGAAUACACCAAACGCUCUUAUACCCGUUUCGAAGAGGAAGACGAUGAUGACGAUUACCCCGUGCAGGCCCAGGACGGUAGCUACUACCGCAGCAACAGCAGGGCCAAUGAUGACGAAGGAGCUCACAGUGACUCCACAGAAGGCCACGAUGAGGAUGAUGAGAUCUACGAGGGCGAAUACCAGGGCAUCCCCAGAAAUGACUCCGUUGAGAAGGCUGACAUACAGGUGGGUGGAGUGGGAGAGUCUCAGUUCCGGGACAAGGCGCAAUAUGAGGGGGAAAGAAGGAAGGACCAGGAGGAGCUGGCCCAGCAGUACGAGACCAUCCUCCAGGAGUGUGGCCACGGCCGCUUCCAGUGGACCCUGUACUUUGUGCUGGGUCUGGCCCUCAUGGCUGAUGGUGUGGAGAUCUUCGUGGUGGGCUUCGUACUUCCCAGUGCUGAGAAAGACAUGUGUUUGUCUGAGCCCAACAAAGGGAUGCUGGGUCUAAUUGUGUAUCUGGGUAUGAUGGUGGGUGCCUUUGUGUGGGGAGGUCUGGCUGACAGAAUCGGCCGCAGACAGACACUUCUUAUCUCUCUCUCCAUCAACAGUGUCUUUGCUUUCUUCUCCUCCUUUGUCCAAGGAUACAGCUCUUUCCUGUUCUGUCGUCUACUCUCUGGUGUGGGGAUCGGUGGCUCUAUUCCCAUCGUGUUCUCAUAUUACUCUGAGUUUCUGGCUCAAGAGAAGCGUGGGGAGCACUUGAGCUGGCUCUGUAUGUUCUGGAUGAUUGGAGGCAUCUACGCUGCUGCCAUGGCCUGGGCCAUCAUUCCCCACUAUGGCUGGAGUUUCCAGAUGGGCUCAGCCUACCAGUUUCAUAGCUGGCGAGUGUUUGUGCUGGUGUGUGCGUUCCCCUCCGUCGCCGCUAUCGCUGCGCUGACCACCAUGCCAGAGAGCCCACGCUUCUACCUGGAGAACGGAAAACAUGAUGAAGGAUGGAUGAUUCUGAAACAGGUCCAUGACACCAACAUGAGGGCCAAGGGCUACCCAGAGAGGGUUUUCUCUGUCACCACUAUUAAGACGGUGAAACAGAUGGAUGAGUUGGUUGACAUGGGUGGAGAGGGCACAGCCUGGCAUCAGCGCUGGAGGAUCAAGCUGACCAACCUCUUCCAUCAGGUGUGGAGCAAUUUCCUGACAGUGUUUAAUCCAGAGUACCGGAGGACCACCUACAUGAUGAUGGCCGUGUGGUUUUCAAUGUCCUUCAGCUACUACGGACUGACUGUUUGGUUCCCUGACAUGAUCAAAUACCUGCAGAAACAAGAGUACUCCUCACGCACAAAGGUCUUCAUCAAAGAAAAAGUGGAGCAUGUGACCUUUAACUUCACCCUGGAGAACCAGAUCCACCGGAAUGGAGAGUACUUCAACAACAAGUUCUUGAAUCUGAAGAUGAAGUCUAUGGUAUUUGAAGACUCCCUGUUUGAGGAAUGCUACUUUGAGGAUAUCACGUCAAGCAACACCUUCUUCAGAAACUGCACCUUCAUCGCCACCCUCUUCUACAACACAGACUUGUUCAAGUACCGGCUGAUCAACAGCAAACUCAUCAACAGCACAUUUCUGCAUAACAAAGAGGGCUGUAUGCUGGAUUUCAGCGAUGAAAACAACGCCUACAUGAUCUAUUUCGUCAGCUUCCUUGGCACACUUGCCGUCCUGCCUGGGAACAUUGUGUCAGCUCUGCUCAUGGACAAGAUUGGACGUCUAAGAAUGCUGGCCGGUUCCAGUGUGAUUUCCUGUGUCAGCUGCUUCUUCCUGUCAUUUGGAAACAGUGAAUCGGCUAUGAUCGCCUUGCUCUGCCUUUUUGGGGGCAUCAGCAUUGCAUCAUGGAAUGCCCUGGAUGUGCUAACGGUAGAGCUGUACCCCUCGGACAAGAGAACUACAGCCUUUGGGUUUCUGAAUGCCCUCUGUAAGUUAGCUGCAGUUUUGGGCAUAAGCAUCUUCCAGUCGUUCGUGGGCAUCACUAAAGCGGUGCCCAUCCUCUUCGCAUCGGGGGCUUUGGCAGUCGGAAGCUUCUUGGCCCUCAAGCUCCCUGAGACUCGCGGUCAGGUGCUUCAAUAGUGCAGCGUUCCAGCACGCAGGUGCCGGCAUUUGAGUUUGACCCUGUCCGUGAGUGAGCGAUGCUGGAAGCAGCCGAAACAAAUCCCACAUUUACUCCAAUAUGUGCAGUUGUAUUAUUAUUUCAUUUAAUUUGAUUUCAUUCAAAUCUACAUGCAUAGAUAUGUUCCCAGCUGAUGUUUGACUGUCUCACGGGAAGACCAUGUGUGCAUUUGUGUGCGUGUCGAAAAACUGCCAUGUUAAACACAUGUGAGAUUUAAUUUGUUAAAAGUUAAUUUUGACUUUCCCCUUUAAUCUUCAUCCAAGCCAUCACUUGAUUUUAAAACCAUCACGAGGACCCGUGAAAUCAGUAGGUAGAUAUAUUUGAGUGGACAGCGUUGGUCUAGUGGUACAGGUGAUGGUUAAUGUUGUUGCUUUACUCUUUUCCGUUGUGUCCCAAGAACUUAAAAAGUGUGUGAUACUGCAGUUUUCAAGCACGUCUCACAUUUUAGAUGUUUUAAUGCAUUAACACUAUAGAUAGUUGUUCGAUCAUUUUUGGUUUUACUCCAUCUGAAGAAUUCGGUUGUUCUUUCAAAAUGUCUGACUAUUGACGGUGUUGUGCAUGAAAUGAAGCGUGACGAUUCAUAAGAAUAUGCUUGAAGAUAGUGAACAUAACUAAUGAAAGUGCUCUGUAUUAUGCUACUCUACCUAUGAUUCUUUGGACAUGAUGUAAAAUAUGAGCUGCGUGACAUGAUGGGUUAUCAUUUGUAUGAUUUAGUAUGUCAUUAUUCAUUUUAUGUGUUAUUGUUUUAUGCUAUCAACACAGAGUUUAUUUGUGCUCCUUCUGAGAACCACAUAGUAGCUCCAGUAGUGUCGCUUUUGAAUGUGUGCGAACAUUACAUUCGCCCCCGUUUUCAUACAAACAAUCCAUUUAACACAUGCGAAAAACGAAAAAAAAAAAAAUGAAGCACAAUGUGAUUUGAUUAAACUCAAAACAAUAGUUUUAUUUUGAUGAUUAUGUAAAUUAUGUAUUGAAUAUAAAUAUAUAAAAAUAAGCUGUAAUUCAAGUCUGUCUGUUUGAACACUUAAAUAUACAAACAUAUAUAUAUAUAUAUAUAUAUAUAUAUAUAUAUAUAUAUAUAUAUAUAAGGAUAUUUACAUGUUCAAAUGUUGAACUAUCAACAUAAUGUCUUAGAUUCCCUUUGAUGUAUGUAUAUACAGUUUAUCUGUUUUUCUCAAAGCAAAUAUAUAUAUAAAAAAAGUCAAUACACUGAUUUGCAGUACACACAAACACCCUCCUUCAUGUUUUCUCUUGUGUUCUUGUAAAGAAACAGAGCUAUCCGUCUGUGUGUGGGUGUGUGUGUAAGUGUGGAAGUAUGUGUGCUUGCAUGUGAAAUGUUGAGUGUUCUCUGAAUAUUUGUAUUUAUUUAUAUAACUGUUUAUGAGAGUUUGAUUUUAUAGUAUUUUUUACUUUGAGUAUGAGUAUCUGUAGAAACAGAUGUAGUGCCAUAUGCAGGGUGAUUUUUUUUUUUUGCUGUAUCAUUGUUGACCUGGUGUUCAAUUCUUUGGUAACUUGGUAGCAGAAACUGAAUAUAUCAAAAAAAAGUGAAAGUCAAAACCCAUUUUUUUUUUUUUUUUAAUGAAGCAACAUAUAUUGGAAGCAAAAGCAACUUGUCGAAUUCUGCUACAUUUUACCAAGCACAAUCAAUACUAGUUCCAUGGAGUGUCAUGGAAAACUGGUUAAAUAAACAGAUACUGAAGCAAAAAAUUACAAAUAAAAAAUCAGAGAAGACAAAACCCCCUCUGGCUGGAAUCUAUAUUUCCGCCCUGUUGCUUGUAAACACAGCCAGCACUUUUUUGGUUUCAUUCAACGUUCUUUACUGCCGUUUUGUAGGAUAGCAGCCAUAUUAUGUGCUCAGAGUAGACACACAAUUCAGCCAACCCUUUUUUAGAUUGACAGUAAGUAUACACAAACUAUAGUAGCUUUCAAGCGCUCAAAAUGUUUAUAACAGCCUUAUAGAUCAUUUCGAUUGGAUGAAGUGGCAUUGCGCAGGGCCACGCGUCACACAGUUUAAAAAUUCAACUGUUUUAGAAGCUGCCAUCCCUGCCGUGACCGUCGGUCACCAGUAGUGUCACAGAUGCUGUAGUGACAAUCUCUAUAUGUGCCAUGUGGUGACCGUGCGCAUCUUUAAUUGCCAAAUAUUUUCUACUUCCUCGGUUUGUACUGGCAGAUCUCACAUCAUCACGGCACAGAAAAAAACGUGAUUUAUAAUACAUCGAUGUUGUAGCAGGGUGUGGCAUUCCAAGCAGAAAAAGGAUAUGAAAAAGAAACCAUUUUGAAACUUAUCUCCAUCAGGUGUUUUACUCAGAUGGGACACACUUAUUGCUCUAGCAGACAUUUAAAAUGAGCUGAAAGCUCUGUGCAAUUUAGAGAAUGCUUGUAAAAGAUAAUGAUUAAAGAUUUGGUUUGUACGCACAACCAGUCAUCUGUUAUAUAAAGAACUUCUUUGUCACUGUCAAAAUGGCCCACUGAACACAUUUCCAGACAAUCCUGCAGUUUGUAACCCUUCAUAUGGUCACAUCUCCAAUGUGUAGCUGUUGUUCCCUUCAUUGAAUUACAAAUUGCUGUUGUAUGCUGUGAAUUACAGUAACUAAUCUCAGUGAAGCUAUGACUUAUCUGUGUACAAGCAGUCCUGGAUUUGGUCCUCACUUAAGAUUGUGUACUGGCUGUAAUGGGUUUUGUUACAGGGUCUUUUGUAUUUCUAAAUGUGUUCACUUAGCAACAAUCAAUCUUGUGUGCAAAAAGAAAUCAAAGCAAUAAGUGGUAAAUAUGUUCGCUCUGCCUCCAAACUAUCGGGCAAGAAAGCACACUAAAAUAUCUGCUGGCCAUAUUUGAUGAAACAGCAGCUGAUUGAAAACAACAGGCCAACAUCAGUGUACUCUACAAAUAUACCAUAGGUCUUCUGAUGCUUUUGUCAGUUUCAGUGUAUUGCCAUAAUUUAAAUGUGACAGAGAGUUUAUCACCUUAUCAUUGUACUGUGCUGUAGCGAUCGUAGAUGUUUGUUUGUAAAUGAAUAAAUAUGUGGAAUAAUAAAACAAAAAGAAAAAAUGUUGAACAUGAGAAAUAGAGUACUAUUGUAUGUUGUUCAUUUUGUGUUUUUUGUACAUGAGAAUGGAAAUGUUGACAUUAUUGCUGAAUAUAGAAACUAUUCCAUCCUUACCAAAAUGGUUCUGUAUUAGUUUGUGAGAGAUUUACUUAGUUUUUUGACUCGUAUUCUGGGGAUCAGACUGCACUUGUGCGGUUGAAACUGUCCCUCAAUGGAUUUAAAACAUACAUACAAAUAAUAAACCAAUGGUAUAAUGCUUGAA